AUUCUUGCAACGAACUUGACGGUCCUCAAAGCGAAAAUCAGGAAAAUGCAGUGGGCGAUGUUACCAUAGUGAGUGGGGGAGUAGCUCCAAGCUCCCUCCUAAAUCCCAACCAACUCCCCACCUCGUCUUCUCCGCCCCUGCGUCUCCCUCUUAUUUCCUUUCCCUCCCACUCUCGCAACACUCUCGCGCACAAACAGACGCAGACACAAAAAAGACACACUCUCUCUCUCUCUCUCUCUCUCCCAGCAAUGGCCCUUCUCGCGAGGCUUCCUCUCUCCAACACCUCCGUAUCCUUCUCCUCCUCUCUCUCCCCCUCCCUCCCCACGCAAUCUCGCUCGUCGUUUCGCGCCAAGAGUCCGCGUCGGAGGAGGCCCAUCCUGACCGUCCGAGCCAAGAUCAGGGAGAUCUUCAUGCCGGCCCUGAGCUCCACUAUGACGGAGGGCAAGAUCGUCUCCUGGAUCAAGUCAGAGGGAGACAGGCUCUCCAAGGGUGAGAGCGUCGUCGUAGUCGAGUCCGACAAGGCCGACAUGGACGUCGAGACCUUCUACGACGGUAUUCUCGCCGCCAUCGUUGUCCCCGAGGGAGAGUCCGCCCCGGUUGGGGCCCCCAUCGGCCUCUUGGCCGAGUCCGAGGAAGAAAUCGCCGAGGCCCGAGCCAAAGCCGCCUCCAAAUCCUCUCCUUCUGCUCUCAAACCCGCUACUUCCCCUCCCGAGACCGUUACCUCCACUCCCGCUCCGGCAAUCCCUCAGCCUCCGCCUCCGCCCGCUAAGCCGGUCUCGGACGGGCCGAGGAAGAUCGUAGCGACGCCGUUUGCGAAGAAGCUAGCGAAGCAGCACAAGGUGGAUAUUGAAUCGGUGGUGGGGACCGGUCAGUUCGGCCGAAUCACGCCGGCUGACGUGGAGGCCGCGGCUGGAAUUACGCCUUCGAAGAGUAGUACCGGAGGCAGAGCCAAUGCCGGGCCAAAUAUCGCCGCCGAGCAGGCUGCGCCAAAACCCGCGGCUCCAACAGCCACUCCACCUCCGAUUCCGGGCUCCACGGUCGUGCCAUUCACGACGAUGCAAGCAGCGGUGUCGAAGAACAUGUUGGAGAGCCUCUCCGUGCCGACUUUCCGCGUGGGUUAUCCGGUGACCACCAAUGCGCUCGACGCGCUGUAUGAGAAGGUGAAACCAAAGGGUGUGACCAUGACUGCUCUGCUAGCCAAGGCUGCAGCCAUGGCACUGGUUCAGCACCCAGUUGUCAAUGCAACCUGUAAAGACGGCAAGAGUUUUACGUAUAAUAGUAGCAUAAACAUUGCUGUUGCUGUGGCAAUCGAUGGUGGGUUGAUUACCCCUGUUCUUCAGGACGCAGAUAAGUUGGAUUUGUAUCUGUUAUCUGAAAAAUGGAAAGAGCUUCUGAAGAAGACACGAGCAAAGCAACUCCAGCCUAAUGAGUACAAUUCAGGGACUUUCACUUUAUCCAAUUUGGGCAUGUUUGGAGUGGACAGGUUUGAUGCUAUUCUUCCUCCGGGCCAGGGGGCUAUCAUGGCUGUUGGAGCAUCAAAGCCAACCGCUGUGGCUGAUGCAGAUGGAUUCUUCAGUGUGAAAAGUAAAAUGCUGGUGAACGUAACAGCUGAUCACCGGAUUGUUUACGGUGCUGACUUGGCCGCCUUUCUUCAGACCUUUGCAAAGAUUGUUGAGAACCCAGAAAGCCUGACAUUGUAGACGGUGUAUCAGGUUUCUACAAUUUGAAACCUGCUGAAUUUCAGCCUCUAUUUUUUGGUGCAUAACGGGUGAUAAUAGUGUGGCUUACUGGAGGGAGUGCACAGCCAAGUUUCACGGUGGUCCAAAGCAAUAUUACGCUUGUGUUGUAUUCCAUUUUGUUUUGGGUUCAUAAAGGCUUCCAGUACUUUUUCAGAUACUGUUGAGUCGAUUUUUAUAGAGGGGAAAAUAACCACGAAGUUACUCUCGGCCUGUUUCCUCAGCAUGAUUAGGUCAUAAAAUUCACAUUUCAAUUUGCAGUUUGACAUUGGUUAAGCUCUUUAUGGUAUGAACUUAAACAAUCCCUUGGAAUAUAAUAAUUUACUUUCCUAAA